AUGGAGGACGCCCCAGCCGCGGUUGUGGACAGCCCGGCGGCAGUUGACGAUACCGCUAUGGCCGACGCCGCUGAUGCUCAAGCCGCCACAGAGGACGUCAAACCGGCAGAUGAGAGCUCCCAACCUGCAAAAGAGAGCAAUGGCACAAAAGCUGCGGAGAUCAAGCAGGAGGAGAAACAAGAGGUAAAGCUAGAGGACCUCUUCGACGGCAUCGAUUCGGACGACGACCUCUCUCUUCCUGAAGAUGGUCAAGAACCGCAACAGCCUGAGUUGGCCGAUACCCCGGGCGCAUCUAUCGAACUUCUCCGCGCAUAUUAUCAACGUUUCUUCCCAUGGCGAUACAUGUUUCAAUGGCUUAACCAUAGCCCUGUUCCCACAAAUGACUUCAAACACCGCGAGUUCAGUUUGUGGUUGCACAACGACGCAGUAAUGCGGUAUCAAUCCUUUCCUACGUCGGAUUUAUUCCGCAAAGAUGUGCUUCGAUUGAUGCCGAGGCGUAUUGAAAUUGGGCCUGUGUACACGGCGGACCCAAGGGAUCGUAAAACGUUCCGCAAUUCAGCUGCCUUCCAACCUAUCGCCAAGGAGCUGUGCUUCGAUAUCGAUUUAACAGAUUACGAUGACAUCCGGACGUGUUGUGACAAGGCAAACAUUUGCAACAAGUGCUGGAAGUUCACUACCAUGGCCAUCAAGGUGCUCGACACCGCGCUACGGGAGGAUUUUGGAUUUAACCAUAUCCUUUGGGUCUACUCUGGUCGUCGUGGUGUGCACGCCUGGGUGUGCGACAGGAAGGCGAGAACGUUGGCCGACCAGCACAGGAAGGCCAUCACUGCGUACUUUGAGGUUAUUGCAGGCAAGCAAGGCGGCAAGAGGGUUAACGUUCGGCGGCCGUUGCACCCCCACCUGUCACGGAGCAUCGAAAUCCUCAAAGACCACUUCCAAGAAGACGUCCUCGAGAUUCAAGACCCUUGGCAGUCUAGUGAGAAAGCAGAAUAUCUCCUCCAGCAAAUUCCGGACCUCCAACUCCGCGACGCCCUCCGCAAGAAGUGGGAUUCCUCCCCAGGCCGGGCGUCCACAUCUAAGUGGGCCGACAUUGAUGCUCUGGCCCGAACCGACGCCAGCGGUGGACUGGAUGCCCACAGCCUCCUUGACGCCAAGCAAGACAUCCUGCUCGAGUACACCUACCCCCGCCUCGAUAUUGCCGUCUCCCAGCGCCUCAACCAUUUGCUCAAGAGCCCCUUUGUUAUCCACCCGGGAACUGGCCGAGUGUGCGUACCCAUCGACCGCAACAAUCUUGACGCAUUUGACCCGCUUGACGUGCCCACCCUUCCGCGUCUGGUGCGCGAGAUCGAUGAAUGGGCGGAAACGGAGGGAGCGUCUAGGGCGAUGGCCGCGGUAGAAGUGUCGGACGGGGCAGCGGUAGGUGGGAGCAGUAGCCAGGACGUGAAGCCAGUGCCGGAUUGGGAGAAGACGAGCCUGAAGCCGUACAUUGAACACUUCCGUUCGUUCGUCGCUACGCUAAUGCGAGAUGAGAGGGAGACUGCGGUUAAGAGGGAGCGAGAUGAGGAUGGGGACGUCCAGAUCAAAACGGAGUCGCUGGACUUUUGA